UCGCCAGUUCUUCCGGGGACAACUGCGGGACUGCCUGGGGAUGGGUGUCCAGCGGUGCCCGAGUAUUGUGCAUGCGGCUGGACCCUCGUCCCCUAGAUCUGGGAGUUGGGUCAGUCUCUCGUCCUCCAGCGCGCCUGUUUGUUUCGACGUUUUCCUCCUCACUGGAGGUCUCAGGCGUGGGGUCUCCCUGGUCCCCUGGUAUAUAAGUUCCGUCUGCCCGUUCCUCCUCAUCAGUUGUUCGUUGCAGUUCCGAGGCACUUAAAGCCCUGUUCGCUGCCUGCUGGAAUCCGUUCAGCGGUCCUCCGUCGGAGGACAGAUUGCCACGCCUUGCAGCCCCGCGACCGCGCCCUCCGGCCGUCCGUGUAUUGAGGCUUCCGCGUCCGCCUCCGUGGUUUCCCCUCGGGGCGGCCCUGGUCGUCGUUCGGCUUUUGUGCCGAGUCGUGGGGGGUGCCGAGUGCGGCGCGCCUCCUCGGGAUGGAGCGACCAGCGCGGGAGCGUUCUGCCGAUUUGGAGAGUACUGGGGACAGCGAGUCCCCCCAAGCGGAUCUGGCGGUCGUGUCCACGCGAGUGCAGCCUGCGCCCGCCUCGGGAACCGUGUUGGACCCGCGCCUGCUCGCCGUGAUGCGGACAGUAUCGGCGAGCGUAGACUCGGCUGCAGCUGUAGACAUCGUUGGCGGUGCCGUGUCAGCGCUGAUGCUCCUGGGGGACUAUGUGAGGGCCCUGCUUGAGGAGGCUGGAGCGGACGAAGCCGUAUGAUGGGCUGCCGUCGUGUGUAGGUUCUGGUUGGUGAAGUGCGCUCUAGCGUGAGCGCUCUGGUGAGCUCUGUGAGGCUCUCCAUGCUUGUUUGCCGAGUGUAGUGUUGGCGGGUUGUAGACCCCGGAUGCGUGUAUUUGAUGUUGUCGUAGUUGACUUUGUAGCCUUGUGUCCUUGCCGCCCCUCACGCGCGGCCGAAGGCCGCGCUGCGAGCGUCGGCGGCCGAAGGCCGCCGACGCGAGCCGCCACCAAGGGUUGGAGAAAAGAAAGAACUGGAAACUAAACAGGAAGAAUGAGGGAGGGAGAGAGCUUAUAUAGCUGGAGAGGGACUCAUGCUCUCUCUCUCUCUCGCUCUCUCUCUCCUCUCUCUCGCCACCAAGGGUUGGAGAAAAGAAAGAACUGGAAACUAA